AAAGAGCCCUAUAUUUUUCAUAGCCGUUGAGAUAUCAAAGAGUAAACGAGCGCAACAGAAAUCUAUUUCCCUAUUUGAUCCAAGAAUAAUAAAAAAGAAGUUACCGAGCAAGAAACUUUGAAAAUAUACUGUGAGUAAUCUUUCUUGAACCCAGUAAUUUUUCGCUGUGAUUUUCAUGGAUGGUUAUGGAUGAUGUGAUCGGACUGUGUGUGCUCAAUCUUGUAUUCUGACUUUCAAUCGAAGCUUCAGAUAAGCACUCAUGGCAACCCCAGCUCAACGCUUGAUCCAAGAUCAGAACCUAAACUUUCUCUACAGUGGCACUACUCCUGGAGGAAAGACUGAUGUAGUAGCCAAAGCAGAUAAGAGAGGUGGUCUUGGUGGAAGGAAAGCACUUAACGACAUAUCAAACUCAAGAAAGCCUUCUGCAUUUCACUCCGUGAAGAAAGAUGGCUCCAUAAAUGUCAUCUCUAUUGACAAAGAUCCUUCAACUGUGAAAGGCAAAUCAUCCAAGGCACCUGAGAAAGGAAGAGUUGGUGGUAGGAAAGCACUCAGUGACCUCACAAACUCGGUCAAGCCACGCCCAAAGCAGAUCCCAUGUUUGGGCAGGAAAUUGAAUUCUGUUGCAGAAGAAGCGGAAGAGAGAUUUCUACACAAUCAUCAGGAGUGCAUCAAAGCUCAGACGAUGACUGUUGACAAGGACUACUUCUUGAAGUCAGUAGGACUGGCUAAUGAUAUUGCUGCACUGCCAUCAGUUAGGAAGGCGCUUCCAUUGUCAUCAAAGAAGGUGCAACAUUCUAAAAUGGGAGAGAUGGUUGAGCUUCCUAGCUGCUGCUCACCUGCUUGUCGAUCUCCUCAGUCGCCAAAGGCGCCUUGUACAAUGAGCUGGGAGGAUGACUAUUUUUCUGAUCUGAUGAUGAUCGAGACACCUAAGCUCAAGUAGCUGCUGAUAAUCGGGUUUAUCAUGCUGAAGCUUACUUGUAGAUUGAUUGGUUACUUGUCAUUUAGUCAACUUAUUUGACUGCUGAAUGCGGUUUACCUUUGUUUUGUUGCUACAGUGUUGGGUACAUAUGUAGUUUCUAUUCAUUUCUUCGUGUUGAAAGGUUGAAAAUUAGAUGCAGUCCUAACAUCCCGAUCUUCAAUUCAAAGGAAAUUUAACAAGAUUUUAUA